CCGCAGUGCCUGACCAUCAUUAACAUGCAGUUAGUCCCAGCUGUACAAGUAACAGCCCAGGCUGUGUCCAAAUUAUAUCAGACGAAAACACUCCACAAGAAAGUCAUACUAACCACUCCAACCCACUGACACUCCAAGCCACAUUCACACGUCUUUUUACUCCACCUUAACACAGAAAGGUGGCAGAGGCAGAGAUUUGGUGAGUGACCUUCAUACUUUCAAGGAAAAGAGACGAACAGAAGCUAAAGGAGGGGAAAAUUUAACAAAUCAUAAAACGCAAUGAGCACUGGACUCCUGGGGAGGGCCCUGUGCCUGCUGAUUAUACUUUGUACUGUGUCACACCAUGUGGGCUGCAUAGACAACCAGCCAUCUUCCUCUGGCACAGAACAGGGACUCACCUUCAGCCACAUCUACAAGCUUGACAUCCCAGGAAGUUCCAGUUGCACCGUGGAACGUCUGCCAACACACAAGACAGGUCUGCAACAAGAUACCAUAACCAAUGGAGAAAAUGACAUCAUCUUUAAACACAACAUUAGGCUGCAAUCACCUAAGUGUAAUUGUGAGGAAUCGGAAAGCUUCAAAGACCUACUGUACAGAAUCAAUGGACUGGAAGAAGAAGUCACCUACCUAAAGACCCAGUGCACUCAAGGAUGCUGUGGAAGAGGAGGUGUUGCAGACACAAGCUGCAGUGGUCAUGGUACCUACCAGCAAGACACCUGCAGCUGCCUUUGUAACCCAGGAUGGGAAGGCCCUGAUUGCUCUGUGUCCUCCUGCCCUGAUGAGUGCAACGACAAUGGCCGAUGUGUAGAUGGGAAAUGCGUUUGUUAUGAGGGUUACACAGGAGAAGACUGCAGCCAGCUGACAUGUCCAGGCGACUGCAAUGAUAAGGGGGAGUGCAGGGAUGGAAAAUGUGUGUGUUUCCCUCAUUUUACCGGUGAAGACUGCAGUAUCCCGACGUGUCCUAAUGACUGUGGGGACAAUGGGCAGUGUGUGGAUGGUCAAUGUGUCUGUGAAGAAGGCUUCUAUGGAGAGGACUGUUCUUUAGUCCUCACACCUCAGGGUCUGAGAUUGGUCCAAGUGACGGAUGUUUCUCUCCUGGUGGAGUGGGAGUCUGUCCAAGGGGCAGAGUAUUACAUGCUGACUUAUCACCCCAAAUUUGAUGAGGGUGCCAUGGAGGAGGUUCGGAUUUCCAACUCAGAGAAUUCCUACCGUGUUACGGGACUCACACCCGGUGUUACCUACAUUGUCCAAGUCUAUGCUGUCAUCAAUAAGAUUCAGAGUGAAGCCGAUAUGAUUGAAGCCACCACAGAUGUCUCAACUGUUGAUGAUAUGCAAGUCAUUGGCCAGACAGAGGUUUCCAUCCAAGUGGACUGGAAGAACCCGCAGGCAGAAGUGGAUUACUUCAGACUGACACAUACUGACCCUUCAGGAGAAGAGGAGGAGCUGAAUGUUCAGAGGAGUCAAGAAGCACGCACCAAGCACACUAUUGUGGGUCUAUAUCCCGGAACGGAAUAUCAAAUUUCUGUGCAGUCCGUUAAAGGGAACACCAAAGGAAAAGCUUCUUUUGCAACUGGUGUCACAGACAUCGAUGCCCCAACAAACUUUGUCACGACUGAAGUAACUGAAGACACCGCAACUGUCUCUUGGGAUAAAGCCCAGGCGGAAAUUGAAGGCUACAUGUUGCGCUACACGUCUGCUGAAGGCUCCAGCUCAGACAUCUUUGUAGGGCGUGACAGCACCUCCUACAGGCUGGUUGGUUUGAGGCCUGGGAUCCUUCACACGGUCUACAUCUGGGGCUUCAAGGGAGACAAAGUCAGUGGGAAGAGUUCAACUGAAGCCGAAACAGAGUUGGAUGCUCCUACUAACCUUUCAGUCGAAGAUGAGACAGACUCCGGCUUCAGGGUUUACUGGGAUCCCACCAAGGCACAAAUUGAUGGCUACAUGCUUACCCAUAGCUCCAUUGAUGGGUCAAGGGAGGAAACCCCGGUUGGAUCUGAUAGUUCUUAUGUGCUCACUGGCCUUAGGCCAGGGGUCGUCUACACUGUCUAUGUCUGGGCUGUCAGGGGAAGCAAAGCCAGCAGGAAGACCUCAACACAAGCUGAGACAGAGCUGGACACCCCAGCUAACCUCGUAGCUCAAGAUGAAACUGAGUCCAGCUUCAGCCUUUCCUGGGAUCCAGUCCAGGCAGAAAUUGAUGGGUACAUCCUAACCUAUACCUCCCUUGAUGGAUCUAGUAAAGAAAUCUCUUUGGGCCCGGAAAGCACCUCUUAUUUGCUGACUGGUUUAAGGCCUGCAGUCCUCUACACUGUCUACAUCCAAGCCUUGAGGGGAGACAAAACCAGCAGGACAAUAUCCACACAAGCUGAGACAGAACUAGAUGCUCCAGCUAACCUCAUAGCCAGAGACGAAACCGAGUCCAGCUUCAGCCUUUCUUGGGAUCCACUCCAAGCAGAAAUAGAUGGCUAUGUCCUUACCUACACCUUACCUGACGGCUCUAGUAAAGAGAUCCUGGUGGGGCCUGACAGUGUCUCUUAUUUGCUGACUGGUUUACGGCCUGCGUUCAUCUACACUGUCUACAUCAAAGCUGUGAGGGGAGACAAAGCCAGCAGGACAAUCUCAACACAAGCUGAAACAGAAAUCGACUCCCCUAAGGACCUAAAGGCUUCAGAUGUGACACAGGAUUCAGCUUCUUUCACUUGGGUUCCUCCUCUGGCCGACAUUGACGGUUAUAUGCUGACCUAUAGAGAGGCAGAAGGAAAAUUGCAGACUAUUGAAAAUAGGCUUGACUCCAGCAAGAGACGCUUCGCUGCGUCCAAACUGGAGAGGGGAAAGAGGUACAUUGUCACAAUUUACGCCUUUAGGGGCAGCAAAAGGAGUAAGGUGGUGGAGACCUUCUUCAAAACAGUUGCUCUUCUGUACCCCUUCCCUAUGGACUGUGGACAAAUAAUGAAGAACGACAAUAAAAACAAUGGCGUCUAUACUGUCUACAUUAAUAAUAACCAAUCCAAGCCAAUGCAGGUUUACUGUGACAUGACCACCGAUGGAGGUGGUUGGCUGGUACUUCAGCGGCGUAACACUGGGAAUCUGGACUUUAUGAAACGCUGGAGACAGUACAUAGCAGGCUUUGGCAACCUGACAGAGGAGUUCUGGAUUGGUUUGGAUAAGAUACACGAGCUAACCAACACUCCCACGCAGUAUGAGAUCAGGUUCGACUUGGGCCUGGGCUCAGAGAGAGCGUACGCCGUUUAUGACAACUUUAAGAUCGCUCCGGUCAGACAGAGAUUCAAGCUCACCAUUGGCAAAUACAGAGGGACAGCAGGUGAUGCCAUGACCUACCACCAAGGCCGGCCCUGGACCACCAUAGAUUCAGAUAAUGAUCUUGCGUUAACUAACUGUGCCAGGACCCACAAAGGAGCUUGGUGGUAUGCAAACUGUCACUUGGCCAACCUUAAUGGUAAAUGGGGAGACAACACACACAGCGUGGGAGUCAACUGGGAGCCAUGGAAAGGACAUCUAACAUCCCUGGACUUCACAGAGAUGAAGAUCCGACCCGUGGGAGUGUUGUCCAGCAGAAAGAGGCGAUCGCUGAUGGCCAGAGAGGGAAAAAGUAGAGUCUCAAACACCCACAACAAAUAGGGAAGCGGCCAAAAACUGCAACAGAAGCAGUCAGCACCAUCAACCUUUGAUCACACUAGAUUUUGGUGUUUCUGUACAAAUGUAGAUAGAUAACACAAGGAUUUUGCAGACAUGUGUGCUUCAAAUAUUAUAUAAUUUUUGGAGAAAGAAGAGCAUAACUAAAGCAACCAAAAAUAACUCAUAGUAACUUAUUAUUUGCUUGUAAACAAAUCAGAAAGCCCCAGUUUAGUGUGAUUGUGGGGAAAAAUGGUCAACAAGAAACACGGUUGAAUAAAGUUGCAUGCUAUGUGGAAGAACAUGCAUUUUAAGCAAUCAUGUUUUGCUGUUUUUUAGACAACCUGACUAAAAACCAGGAAAAAUAUGAUGCCAAAUAAAGUUUUUCUUUUAUCUCCUAUUAUAUUAAUCUUAACCCUGUUUUGGAGUCAUAGUAGCGUUACAAUUUUACUUUAUCCUCCGCGGAUUAACAAAAGGAAGCAGCAUUACUUGUGUGUCUAAUGAAUGGCUCAUUUGUCAGCUGCUGAAGCAUGUGCCCUUACUCUAUUGAUUAUGCUGCCACUGUGCAUCCAACACUGUCACAUCACAGAAGCCGGUAUGACACAAGCCAGAAAAUAACAACUGAUUGCAGUCUCAAAAAUCCAAAUUGCUCCUGCUUUACAUUCAUAUGACGGGGGACAGCUCAUAUCAAUCAUUGUGACGUGUCCCCAUCAAAUGUCAAUAACAAUGACAUUUGUUUGUGCCGUUCUCGAACACUGAAUGACCAAACUCCCGUUUUUAAUCUGGACAGCUGACAGAUGCUAUUAAUGUUGCGCCGGCUCCUACUUUGCUUAAUUAGAUUUUCUUAACACUUAUCAGAAACACAGUUUAUGAGACAAGGACAUAGAGCACAUAAAUCAGCCUUUCAGCCAAUCUGCCAGAAUGAAUUUGAAGUUGCUGAACUUUGCACAUUUUUUGAUGCUGCAAAGCUUUUCAUUUUGAAAUUUUGUAACUAGUUAGAAUUAUUGAAUAUUUUCAAAUCAGAUCCGGAUUAAGAAUAUUUUACUUACUAAUUAUGUUUUCAAACUGACAUUAUUAAUGCUUUUUCACUGUAGUGUCACAAAAUAAAUCUUUUUUAAUGAGUUCCUUGCCCUUUUCUCAAUCUUUUUUUAGUCUCAUGUUGUGUUGUGUAGUUGCAGCUCCUCUGUACGGUUUGAAUGUGGGCAAAGGCAGAGGACUAGUCCUAGAAGAAACUAGUUAACACAGCUUUGAUUCAUUAUUUUUUAUUUUAUUUUUUUAUCUCCAGUGAGCUGUGUGUGUGUUUUAAAUCGGCGAUAGAUUCAUUUGUCAUUAUUUUAUUUUGCAUUUGGGACAAAUCCAAACCCUUGGAACGAUUCGGGUGCAUCUGCGUUGUGAUGGAGUGUUGUGGUUUUAAGCUUACAUAAAUGAUUGGUAAAGAUUUUUGCUGAACCUGGCUCAGCAUAGGAUUUUCUACAUAUGGCGCUGAGGGGGAGCCAGCCUUUUUUUCAUCUCGUAUACAAUCAAAGUCAUACCCACUCCCCCGACGAAGCCCAUUCGGCAAAAUAAGAACUAUAACAAUUCUUCAUGGCCAAGACAUUUCACGCUUCACAAGAUGAAGCUCAAGAUAAAGCUUGUUCUUAGUGUUAACAGAAUAGGGUAGAAAAGCUUUGAAUGAAAAGGUAAAGAACUUUUUUUUUUAACCUCCAUUUAUUAUUACAUUUUCCUGAAUGUAGUUGACAUAAAUAUUUCUAUGUUAAAUAUUGGACCUGGUAUUUAUUACUGGUGAGGGACAUAUCUGCUCUAAGUGUCCCUUGGUUUGAUCAUCUCCCAUUUACUCAGCUUAUCUGUGCUUAUUGGAUGUAGCUUAUUGCAGCUCUGUUUUUUUGUUUUUUUAUGCCAAGGAUCACAACUGUAACUGCUGUCCAACUAUAAAAGUGCAAUGCACUCUGCUUUACCCAUAUCCUCAACUAAAUAAUUGGCUAAGUUAAACAAAUCUCGUUGUCGGUUAGAUGCAUUCAGCAAACAGGUAAAUCUUAUUUACUAUCAACUGUCCUGAACAGAUUCACUGAAGAAAUAUUGAGCACACUGGUCGAUACGUGGUUGCUCUAAAAGUCUAUUUUUACUGUUCCAAUAAACUGGCUACACCUUCAUUCUCAGGGGGUUAGACCAUAAUCUUGUCAAGGGCACCAAAGCUCCAACAUGAAUACUGGUCAUAAGCACAAAGUUUUAAGGUUCACACUCGUUUUAAGUGCGGUUUGAUCUUCUA